UAAGAAGAACGGAAAAAUAAGUGACUGUGAGUUAUGUAAUGAAAGACAAAAACAAUUUUCAUGCAAGUCGGGACUUGAAAAUUCUGCCUUUUUCGACAAUUUGUGCAUGUGCAGUUGCUCCGAAUACGAUUAACAUGUGUGAGGUUACCGUAUCGGACGUCGUACGUCAAUUCGGCGCUUUGAAAACUCAAUACGUGGACAAAAUGGACGAGAAUAAGGCGCUGAGAGAAACCGUGGAACUGCUGAAGAAUAGAUUACAGAAGAAAGAAGAUUACCGAUUACGAUUGAUCGGUAUCGUCAAGCUGCACAGCGAUAAGCAUCGGGAUCGAGAGCGAUGCCUGCAAAAUCGAAUCAAUCAGCUGGAGACGAACAUUGCUGAGCAAAGGCGGUCGAUAGAUGAGUACUCCAGACGAAUCGUUGUCCUCGAAACUACGGUAGCGGAGCAGAGUGAAGAAGUGGAAAGCUAUUUAAACACAAUUAAUAAGCUAAAUAAAGAAGUGGCUUCGUUAAAAGAUCAGUUAACGCACGCUAACAACAACAAUAGCAUUAUUAAUGUGACGAAUCAGUCUAUUAAGAAAAACAGUGCCGCAGCUGCCCUAAACCUAAGCCACCCAUCGUUUAGCAUAGACUCAAAGGAAUCGUUGAAAAAGCGUCGAAUGUCCAAAGCCCAAAUUAAAAAGAAAGCGCGUCGUUGGUCAAACUUGAAUAUUACAAUCAGUGGAUCGAACGUCAAGAAGGACAUUGACAUCAACAGCUCGAAUUCGAGUAAUUCCGAAAGCGACCUUUCUUCUUCGCGAGAGAAACGAAGAAAGUUGUAUCACGCCGACGAGGAUGCAACGAUAGAUUUAAGCAACGAUAAGGAUUAGAUUUUUAUUUUAUUUUAUUUGUAAUUUUUU